GUCCAGCCAGAGGCCAUAUUGGAAUCUAUGAAGUCGGCUUGCACUUAGAUGGAACUGUGUGUCUGUCGUUUUGGGAGACUAUAAAUCGUUAUUCCGGAUUUAUACCCAAGUGAUUGCGCCAGGCAUUCCACGUGAGACCCUGCCAAGUCUGGACGGCAAGUUGUCUCGGUUCGUUUGUGGGAAAAAAUGAGUCCAACCGAUGCUAAACGAGGGGCUAAACGCAGGAAGAACAAGCGGGGCGGUGGCAGUAGCUGCAGUGCUGUCUGCAAUGCCAGCGGUGGCAAGGCCGGGGUUGCCUCGGCCCUGGGCUGUGCGGGAACAGCAGCACCUGCCUCUGUUGUCAGCUUUCUAACACCUGGCAGCACGAGCAACGGGAAUAUAGGGCCGAUCACCGGCAUAAAUGGAGAGGUCAAGAUGAACAACAGUGUUCCACCACAGUUUACAGAAGGACCAGUAAAUGCUGACUUCUCUGGAGUCCUCCAGACCCCAUUUACGUUUGGCUUGAACCAGCGGGCUCCCUACACGGCUGGUGAUCGCUGUCUCUUAUGCCGCUGUGAGCGCAAAGACAGCGACGUGCCUUCAGAUACAGGGAUCUCAGGCCAGAACAGUACGGGACAGCCCAGCAAGACACCCAGUGCCCUUCAGCUCCCCCUGUGGGUGUGCUCUGACUGCAGGCGCACAGUGGAGAAGGAGGACCAGCACACUGCUCUGGAGCAAACAAUGGGGUGCCAGGACUUCCUUUUGCACAUGCCUGUGGGUAACGGAAACCUGGGCCAGGAAGUGGCCACAGGGGACAGACAGACCACUGCAGCGCCUACACUACCCAUGCUCCCUGCUCCGGACCUCACUGCACCCAUGCCUGCUGAUACGGUGUGCAGCUGUGAAGCCUGCAAUGAGAGACGGGAGAUCUCUGCUGAAUCAGAGAGAGAAUCUCAGCAGCUGCAGAACCACUGGUCAGAAGUUCGCUACCUGGUGCGAUGCAUCUACCGUCAGACAGGAACACCACUCGCAGACGACCACGACCAGCCUCUCGAGAGAGACAAGGAGGGCAUGAAGGAGCUGGUGGACAGACUCUGUGAGAAGGACCCCUACCAGCUGUACCAGAGGCUGGAGCAACAGGCUCGGGAAUAUGUCUUGGAAAUGAAGGUGCGGCUACUGAAGCAUCUGUCUGCAGGCUCCAAGACGACGGGUUCGGCAGGGGGUGUGGCUGCAGCUCAGGGUCCCCCACAGGCUCACCAGUUCAUCUCCCUGCUGCUGGAGGAGUACAACGCCCUUUGCCAAGCUGCACGCACCAUCAGCAGCUUCCUGCUCACCCUGGAGAAUGAGCACCUCCAGAAAUUCCAGGUGACAUGGGAGCUGCACAACAAGCACCUUUUUGAGAGUCUGGUGUUCUCUGAACCCAUCUUGCACAGCAGUUUACCUGCAUUGGUUUCACAACUUAAACACGGCACAGCCUCUCAUGAUUCAUACAAUGAAGAUAUGUACAGGACCUUGUUAGAGAGCUACCAGCAGCUGCAGCAGGAGAUGGCCUCUGUAGCAGCAGAAUGGCAGGAGUGUGAGAAGAGGAUCGAUGACUAUGUAGAUGAACAGCUGCUUUUUAAGGUGGACGGUCAGAGUCUCACCAACCAAAGAACAGAACCACACAAGUCCUUGGUUAGCAAAAAUACUUUAAAGACUAAACAGCGAAUGCUCAAGGAGGACUGGGAGUUUUUUAAGCAGAGAAGAUUUAUAGAAGAACAGUUACCUAACAAUAAGAAAUCCCCCUCUGGAGAUAACAACUUCACAGACACAAUGAGGAUGCUCUCAUCUCGUCUGAGUAUUCCUGACUGUCCAAACUGCAAUUAUCGAAGGAGGUGCACAUGUGAUGACUGUAGUCUGUCCCACAUCCUGACCUGCGGCAUCAUGGACUCACCUAUCGCUGAGGACCUCCACAUCAAGCUCCCACUGCAGGGUGACCCUCCCCACGACUAUCUGGCCGAGGUGCACCCCCCCAGCCUUUCCUCCGGCAGCUCAGCGUCUGGAUCCAACUCCAGUUCUCCCAUCACCAUCCAGCAACAUCCAAGGCUCAUUCUCCCUGAAGGAGAUACCAACACAUUUAUUAGUGAUGAUGAUGAAGUGCCUCCAUUGUCCAGUAAAUUUGGGGACAUUUACCCGAUGAGCGCAUAUGAGGACAGCAGUGUGGUGUCGUCUGCUGUGAACGGGCUUCACAGUGAAAUUAACGGGGAAGGGGAAAACGCUGCUCUAAAGGCAGGGUCUCCUCACAUUACCAGCAGCAGCAGUUCAUCAGAGGGCGACGAUGACGAAGCUGAUGGUGAGGUUGUAGGGGAGCCCCCAGGGCAGCAGGAGGAGCUUUCAUCAGGACAGACCAACAGCCCUCCACCGUCUUACAGCCACCAACAGGUAGAACCAGUCCAACAUGCCUGCGAGUGCCAUGUGUGCAACCAGGACCCCGGCUCGUCCGCCCUGGGCCCCGCUGCGUGCCUGCCUCCCAGUCGACUCCACGCCGCCCCUCCCCCCGCCAUGGGACACCAGUUCUUCACAGACAGCAAGACCCCGCCCGCCCACCCCGCCCUCCACCUGUACCCCCACAUCCAUGGACACCUCCCCCUACACAACUUCUCCCGGCCACUUCUGCACCCGACACUCUACCCUCCGAGUCCUCCGCUCACGCACAACAAGCCCCUUCCCCCAAACCCUACAUCAAACCACUCGGCAGCCAAGCAGCCAGCCUUCAGUCCAUCGUUACCUGAACACGUCUACCAGAACUGUUUUGGCGGCGCCGGUGGAGCCGGCGACUGGAACAGCUCACUGCAGUGUCUGUCGCUCAAGUUUGAGAACCUGUGGGAUGCUGCUGUGAUGAAGAGCUGGAACCCCUCUGUGCUUCUGCCCGAGUCUCUGCCAGGUGACAUGCUUGGACCACCCCUCGCUGACGUCCCCCUUCCCCCAACAUCACCUAUUGGCCCCCAAGGGGAACAUCCUUCUCUUCCCACUCCUAUACCUCCUUCAUCUUCCACCUCCUCAUCGUCAUCGUCCUCUUCCUCCUCGUCAUCUUCAUCGUGCUCCUCUUCAGAAGCCAAAGAGCAGAAGAAAAGCGGCGCCAAGAAGAAGUGUCUCUAUAAUUUCCAGGAUGCCUUCAUGGAGACCAACCGGGUGGUGAUGGCCACAUCGGCCUCCACGUCCUCUGUGUCCUGCACUGCCACCACUGUCCAGUCAAAUGAUGUAUUUCACAAUCUAGGUAAAGAGGACCACAGGCAACCCACUCCAGCUGCCCCCAGAACCGGCUCCACAGGCCUCACCUCCCUCCCUCCACUCUCGGGCCCCUCCCUGCCCCCCGCGCCCAACACACACCUUCCCACGAUGGGAUCACAGCCGUUUCCAAAGAUGGCUGCCACAGCUCCAGACUUCGCAGAGGCCCACCAGGGCCUGUGCCUCCCACCUGCAGAACCUCCAGUUUCCUCAACAGAUGGUCCCAUCAGCGCUCCACCCAGUGUGUGCAGCGAUCCGGACUGUGAAGGACAUCGCUGUGAGGGGAACGGGGCGUACGAGCACCAGCCGUAUGACGGAGAGGAGAGCCAGGACGAGGACAGCUGCUCUGAACACAGCUCCUCCACCUCCACCUCCACCAACCAGAAAGAAGGAAAGUAUUGUGACUGCUGCUACUGCGAGUUCUUCGGUCAUGGCGGGCCUCCAGCUGCUCCUACAAGUCGAAACUAUGCAGAGAUGCGGGAAAAGCUGCGAUUGCGUCUGACAAAACGGAAGGAGGAGCAGCCGAAGCGCGAAGAACAGCAGCCGGUGAUAGAAAGAGACGGAGGGGUGGAGGACCACAGGCGGGUGGAGGACCUUUUGCAGUUCAUCAACAGCGCCGACAGUAAACCUGCCUCUAGCUCUAAGGCUGCCAAACGGGCCAGGCAUAAACAGAAGAAGAUGGAAGAGAAGGCUCGUCUGGAGGCAGAGGCCCGUGAAAAGGAGGAACAGCAGCUGUUGGAAGAGCAGCAACAGCGGCAGAGGCAGGAAGAGGAAGAGGCAGAGCUUCAAAAAGAACUGCUACGCCUGCAGGAGCUGCAGCAUCAUCGCGCAGCAAAGAAGAAAAAGAAAGAGAAAGCAAAGGAAAACACUGCACCCCCACAGAACAACCCACAGCCCCUCAAACAGACAGCUCAGAACGUCCUAGAUAAUCUUCAGAAUGGAAAGUCACAGCUGCUUCAAACCCUCAUCCGCCUCCCCAACCAGCAGGAACCCAGAUUCGACCCCCCACCCAGGCCAACACAUCACAACCCAAAAUGCACCAGUGCGAAGGGGUUUUCUACUGAUAUCAUCUUAAAUUCUCCCGCCGCCUUCCAAAAUGGAACUUCAUCUCAGCUUGAGGUGAAUGGAAAAGUCAAAGCCAGGCAGUCCGUGAAGGUGGUCACGUGUGAGUCAGUUGUAAAGAAAGCCCCAGAGUUACCCAGGUGCUCGGAGGUGGUGGCAGUGGCAACAGCAGCAGCGGCAAAGCUAGUUCACGAAACCCCCCCUGCCACUACAACAGACACCAAAGCAACGCGAGUUAGGGCUGCUGAGGCCUUGACGCCUCUCCCAAACACUGAACCCAGGGCGGAGGAGAGGAGUACCAACAGAAGUGCCAGCGGUAAAAGGCAGCAGCAACAACCUCUGACCCCUGUAAAGGAAGACAGGAGGAGUCCACCUGUGUCAAACCCCUCCCCGUCCCCCCCUCCGGCCCCUCAGUCUGAGCAGAGCCAGCAGAACGGCAAACCUUCCAGUGCAGAGUCCCCACAGCCAAAGGGCAAGACCAAGAAAAGCAAGAAGAAGAAGGGGGACAAGAUGAAUACUUCAAUAGAUGACGUAUUCCUGCCCAAAGACAUAGAUCUGGACAGCACUGAAAUGGACGAGACAGAGCGAGAGGUGGAAUAUUUCAAAAGGUUUUGCUUGGAUUCUGCGCGACAAACCCGUCAACGACUUUCCAUCAACUGGUCAAACUUUAGUUUGAAGAAAGCUACGUUUGCUGCACAUUGAGGCUGACUGUCAGGACACAAUCAGUUCCUUAAAGAGUUAAAGCGACCCACCGGUGUCCCCAUCCCCCCCCCCCCGCCAUCACAAACUCUUCCUCCCAGAACUUCUCUCCUGCUGUGCCCAAAUCACACCCACGCUGCCUUGCUUUAUUCUCGUCGCUGUGUGGUUCCGACACAGACCCAUCUGGACUGAUCCACCUGCAGAAUUAAAACCUGAAAUGACACAAGAAAUCACAAAAAUGCUACUUUACAUCUGAUUAAUUUUCCUUGCGUGCUUGUGUGCUUUUAGUCUGAGUCGGGCAUUUCUUUUGACUGAAAAAGCCAUGGUCUGAAAUUAUUUUCUUAUACUGGCUUCCCUGUAGUCAAAAGAUGCUUACUAUGUCUGGAUGGUUUCCUACCAAAAAAAAGACACAAUGGAAACACAAAAAAAGAGAAAUGUAAUGAAUUAAAAGCUGUAUUUGAGAUAUUGUGGCUUACUAUCCCGUCGUCUCCUGUUCCUAGCACGGCAUUUCAUCCACAUGAUUGACAAGGGAAUGGGCUUGGUCAGCUGGUCUCCACUCCCCCCACCCCCACCCCAUUCACACCCAGGAGGAAGGCGUAAUACUUGACAAUGUUCUGUUUUUUUUUUUUUUUUUUUUUUUGGUUUUUAAGUUCUGUUUAACAAACUGUUGAGUAAAAAGUGUACCAGUUACAGUUUUUGUUUUCUUUCUUUUUGACCUGUAGCCAGCUUGUAUCAGAAUACUUUCAGAAUGAAAUUGAAAAAAAGAACAAUACUCACACUAUCAGUCUGUUAUAGAGUGUAUAUUGUAUUAACACUGAAGCCAAACUGGCUACUUUUAACAUAUUGUUAAGUAAUAUUAAAUCUUGUCUUUCUUUUUUGAAAGAUGGAAUACAGUAGUAUGGCAGGA